CGGCGGCGGCGCGGCGGCUCACCCUUCUCAGAAUCUCAGUCGAUCCGGCGAACGCUCGUGUGCAGCUGCCAGCCGAUAGGGGUUCCGCCUAUCCGCGGCGGCGCGGGCGGGGCGGGGCGGGGCGGGGCGGGGCGGGGCGCCGGUGAACCACUCAACAGAGAGGCCAACCGCAGACGACGGCCUGCCAUCUACGCCUCUGCCGUCGCCGACAAGCUUCACGAUGGGAUACAACCGGAGGCGCGGCCGCGGAUCUUCCUCUUCCACGCGCCGCAGUAAGCAGGAAGCCUCGGGGGAUGAUGGUCCUGGGACAUCACUUCCAAGGCAGGAUGACAUUGAAGAAGAACCAAAAGCUCCAAGAAUUCAGCUUGCUAUGUGGGACUUUGGUCAAUGUGAUGUUAAAAGAUGCACUGGUCGUAAGCUCUCAAGAUUUGGGUUAUUAAAGGAGUUGCGAGUGACCAAUGGUUUUGGUGGUGUUGUUCUCAGUCCUGUUGGAACUCAGUGUGUUUCCAAGGAAGAUCAUCAUAUCGUGCAAAGAAAAGGACUUGCUGUUGUUGAUUGUUCGUGGGCACGCUUAAGUGAUGUCCCUUUUGUGAAACUCCGCUGUGGUGCUCCUCGUCUCUUGCCAUGGUUGGUUGCAGCAAACCCUGUCAACUAUGGUCGUCCAUGUGAACUGUCUUGUGUGGAAGCUUUAUCAGCAGCCCUCAUAAUAUGCGGGGAGGAAGACACAGCCCAUCUGUUGCUUGGGAAAUUCAAGUGGGGUCACGCAUUCUUGUCACUUAACAGGGAUCUGCUCAAAGCAUACUCACAGUGUCAAAAUGGCACCGAGAUAAUCAAUGUGCAGAACUCUUGGUUGUCAAGUAACUCGAGUGUUCCAAAGUCACCUGUAAACGCAGCAGACAAGUCGCACCAAAGCACAGAGGAAGGAUCUGAUGCUGAGUCCGACGAUGGCUUGCCACCUCUGGAGGAAAACCUGAACCACUUGAACUUUAACCAAGAUGAUGAAAGUGAAGACGAAAGUGAAGGUGAUGAGUAACAAAUGGUGCCAAAAAGGAACCAGCGGAAGCUUUCCAGCACUUAUAAAUUUGUAUUUUAGGAAGUAAAUUUUAGGCGAUGUGCUGUGAUUCGAGCAAAAUAGGAUCUUCAAGUGUCCAACCAAAAUAAGCUUCAAUGGCCCUGUGGUGUUGAUCAUGGCUCAAAAAAGAUGUAUUGCGGUGCGCUUGCUUUGUAUACCUCUGUUACACAAUCUUAAGCACACAAAUGAGUUUAGCAAUAAAUUGAGUGAAAAGAAACGAAAUUUGGC